AUGGUUAAUCAAGAAGAUUCAGAAAAUAAUAAAUUAAAAAUUGAUAUUCUUAAACCAGAGUUGCCACAUUUAGUUGAACUUGUUGAAAAAUGUAAAGCUAUAAAAAAUUUGACUUUUGAUCUUUUACAAAAAGCUGAAAGAGAUUUGCCUGAUGAUGGUGUAAAUCCUACAACAACUACAACAGAUCCUGCUGAAAUAGAUUCAACUAAACUUCAACUUGAUUAUUCGUUUAUGCAAUUGCGACAAUUAAAUCGUAAAUCAAAUUUAGAAAAAAAUUCAAAUAAAUUGGCAACUCAAGAAGCAAAAUUAGAAAUGGAUAGGAUUCAUUUACAAUUACAAGAUCUUAAUUAUAUGAAAACAUAUUUACAAAGAGAAAUUCGUAAAUGCAGAUCGUUCAGAUCGAUAUAUCAAAAAAUACCACUUAUAUUGGAAGAUGAAUUUAAAGUAACUCAUCCAGAAACAAUAAAUUUCUCACAACCAGAGGAUGCUUUAAAUGUUGGUGAUCCAUUGCCAAUGGAUACUGAGCAAUAA